AGGAAUAUUCCUUCUUUCCUUCUUUUCUGGAAGAGUUUGUGUAAUUUGAUAUUUCUUCAUUAAACAUUUGGGUGAAAACUCUUUUGAUGAAAUGCUUUAGAACUAGUGUUGUAGACCAUGUUUUGGGACUUAAACAUGAAAUAAUCAAUUCCUGUCGGUUUGAAUGCUCUUGUUUUUAUUCAUUUCCUCCCUUAUGCAGCACUGGCUACUUCACCUUUUCCUUCCUGGUUGUGUGGGGCUCGGCUAAGUCACCACACAGGAGAGCGCUGAGGCCAUUUGAGGCCUGAGCCUGGUCCUUAGGACUACGCUCUCUCCCUGCCACCAGGCGGCCUGCCCCAGCCCUUCUCAGCCAUCUCCACACUCCUCUGACAGAAUGAAUGCCCUCGAUGGUGUCCCCUUCAAGGUGCCCAAGGGCUUUGUGAUAGGCAAAGAGCCCCUCCCUGGGCCAGAGCUCAGUGUCCCAGCCUGCAGGGAGCUUCUGCUGGGUUCUAUGCACGACUUCAGCCUGGAGCGGAGGACGCUCUUCUGGGUGGAAGCUGUCAUCCAGGGACCCUGCCCGUUCCAGUGCGAUGCCCCAGGGACAGCGUCAGCCCCUCCCGCCUGGCAUUUGCUGGUUAGCCCCGAACACGAGCUGGUGCCCGGGUCUGCCGCAGCCAAAGGCCCUGAGGCCGGGCCCCAGGAGCCGCUCAAGGAGGGGGAGGAGGACCAGGACGAGGAAGAAGCCUCCUCUGCCAGCGAGGAAGAGCCGGCUCCCUGCAGCCCCCAGCCGGGCUCCCCGGCGAGCCCCAGCCCCGGCCAUCGCGGGUGCUCCCUGGACGUGCUGAGCGGCGUGAGGUCGGAGCUGGCCGGGGCUCGGCGGCGGCUCUCCGAGGGCAGGCUGGCUGCCCGCCCCCGCGCCCUCCUGCACCGCAUCCGCCACCGGGCGCUGAGCCUCUGCCCCAGCCCCGCGCCGCCCCCUAGCCCUGCACUCCCGCUCCCCGGUGCACCCGCGGCGCCCCUGCGGCCCUCCACUGCCGGCGCCAUGUCCCCGCUGCGGAGCCACAAGCCCACGGUCGCGUCCCUCAGCCCGUACACCUGCCUGCCACCUCCUGGGGGGGCGCCCCAGCCUCUCAACGCCCACAGAUUACACCCUGAUUCUGCUGACCUGCUGUCUGCCCUGAGCCGGGAGGAGCAAGACCUCAUCGGGCCAGUGGUCGCCCUGGGGUAUCCCCUGCAUAGGGCCAUCGGGGCUCUGCAGAAGACAGGGCGGCAGAGCCUGAGCCAGUUUCUCAGCUACCUUAGCGCCUGUGACCGGCUGCUGCAGCAGGGCUACAAGGAAGACUUGGUGGAGGAGGCCAUGGAGAUGUUCCAGUUCUCCGAGAGCCAGGCAGGGGAGUUCCUGCGCCUCUGGGAACAGUUCAGCGACAUGGGCUUCCAGCAGGACCGGAUCAAGGAGGUGCUGCUGGUCCAUAGCAACCACCGCGAGCAAGCCCUGGAGGAGCUGGUGGCCUGUGCCCAGUGACUGCUGGGGCCUUCUGCAAUGCCCGAGCCUCCCAGUCCUGUGCCAGACCUGGCGAUCCAUUCAAACUGUAUUAAGACCACAUAAGAAUAACAAAGUGAUGCACGCUCAUGGUAAAAAUGCGAACAAUGCCAAGGGUGGGAGUAAAUACACAGGAGAGGCAAAACUUGACCCAUCUUAGGUUUUCAGCUGGGGCUCUUUAACAAAAAGACAGAUUAACAAGAGUUUAUUAAUGCAUGCAACACAUAUUAUGCGGGAGAAACCUCAAUGAAAAAUAACUCAAAGCAGCAGUUUAGAACUCUGGCUUAUAUAGCAUCUUCAACAAAGAACAGUAAAUUUGUAGAGAAAUGAUAGGACAAAAGAAAACAGUUUUAGGUUUCCAAGGAUGGCAAACGGUGGGAAAGUAACUAUACAGGAGGGAACUGAUGGAGUAAGGUUUGUUUGCAGUUGCCUCUGUUGCCUCUUAGGGCUAAUAAGAAUGUCUCCAGAAAAGGAGAAUGUUUUUGUGUAUGUGUGAGGAAGAUUGGCCCUGGGCUAACAUCUGCCAAUCCUCCUCUUUUUGUUGAGGAAGACUGGCCCUGGGCUAACAUCCAUGCCCAUCUUCCUCCACUUUAUAUGGGAUGCCGCCACAGCAUGGCCUGACAAGCAGUGCGUCGGUGGGCGCCUGGGAUCUGAACCAGCGAACUCCGGGCCGCCACAGCGGAGCGCGCGCACUUAACCGCUUGCACCACCGGGCCAGCCCCCAGAAAAGGAGAAUUUAUGUCCUGCUUUUAGGCAGAAGAGGGGAAGAUAGAGAGAGAUUUUCCUGCAUUUGCUGCUUCCUCAUUACCUUUGCUGGAAAUAAUUUUUAUGUCAAAGAGGCAUAUUUCGGGGUGACAUUCUGGUUUCUUUAAAUACCAAAAGCCUCAACUGAAAGAGUUGAAAGUGGUCACCUGUGGGGAGGGGCAGAUGGGGGAGCAUGGAUGAGGAACUGUGUUUUUUCAUACAAGCCUUGUAAAACUACCUGUAUUUGACUCUAAACUGUGUGCAUUAGUAACUCUGAUUUUAGGAAAAUUAAAACAAAUAAAUCACGGGCGGUUCUUUUGGGUCCUGUAGGCCCCUGGUCUUGGUGUGGAAAGAACAUCUAUGCAGGUCAGAAGACCGAAUUUCUGAUUUUGGUUCUGCUGAUGACUAGCUCAAGGCCUCUUUGAGCCUCAGUUUCCCCAGGAAAAGUGGAAAGAUUGGACCUGGCUGCUAUCCAUAAGAAUUCCCUGGGGAGUUUGUUAAAGGCUCCAGGCCCCACUCUUAGAUAAUCUGAUUUAGAAAGACCAGCUUGGCAGCCCCUAAGAAUCUGUUUUGGUUUUAUAAGAAGCUCUCUGAGGAUUCUUUUUUUUUAUCGUUUUUUUUAAUUGCUUUUUUGUUGACCUCUUUCACCCAUUUCUCCCACCCCACAACCUCUGCCUCUGGCAAACGCUAGUCUGUUCUCUGUAUCUACGAGCUUGGUUUGUUUAUGUUUUUGUUUUUUAGAUUCCAUAUAUAAUAUAAGAGAGAUCAUAUAGUAUUUGUCUUUCUCUGACUUAUUUCACUCAGCAUAAUGCCCUCGAGGUCCAUCUGUGUUGUUGUAAAUGGCAAGAUUUCAUUCUCUCUUUUUUUU